AUGGCCAUGAGCCUGAUGAGGUUGGGCUAUUCUCAAUCAGACACAUUUAUACUUUUGUCUGUCAAAACCAAAGAUUGUCAGGAUUUAAAAAACAGAGGGAUACGAGAUCGUGGUUUAUAUCCUGUCAAUCUUCUACCAAACAAGCCACCAAUAAACUUGACUUGUUUUUGGGGAAGAACUGUUGUCAUGUACCAAGACAUAAAUAAGGAUGUUAACUUCACUUUUAAACGUUCUUGGGCUGAAUACCGAGAUGGCUUCUAUGGUGAAGACAAUUUUUGGUUGGGUCUUGAACUCAUGCAUAUUUUAACUACACAAAAAUCUCAAAAUACGUUGGAUGUUAGUGCCAGGAUUGUCAAUCCUGGCGAAGAACAGGAAAAAUAUUUAAAAACAACUUUCACCGGUUUUAAGGUAGAUGGGGAGAAUACAGAGUUUUUAAUGGGGUAUGGUGGAACACAAUAUGUUGGUAACUAUUUGGGUGAACUGUUAAGAACUCUUAACAAUUCACGAUUUAGUACCUAUGACCGUGAUAAUGACCAACUGGCAAUAAAUUGUGCAAUGAAGUAUGGUGGAGGAUGGUGGUAUAACAACGCUGGUACAUUUACAAGGGGGUCUGCACCAAAUGAAUUCCAAUUCGAAUGUGCCCCUGCUAACCCUACAGGUUAUUUUUGGAAUCAAUGUGAAGAUUGUACCAGUGAAGUAAAGGAUAUAUCCACUGGAUUAGUUUUUAAUGGCACUGUUCGAAUGGUUGAAAUGAUAUUAGGGACAUGA